UUUUUCCCCUUCGAGAAUAUCAGAGAAUAUCAAUUUUUCCUUCAUUUUCUUAUGGAAAAUAUAAGUAUAAGAAAUCAAAAUCGCUGUCUUAUGUCUUCACCGCACGCGCUCUGAUCCGAUCUCUUUGAUUCCCUCCAGUUGCGCCGCCGUCUCGACCGCAGCUCGAGCUUAGGGUUUCUAGUUGAAGGAUUAUAUAUUUAUUAGCAUAUUAGGGUUUGGAUGGUUCUAGUUAGCUCACAGUUCCCAUUAGAGGCAGGAGGAAAUCAUUGAAGUUUAGGUUGUAAUUAGGUCACUCGAACUGACAGUUAACAACUAUGGGUGAUUCUUAUCUAGUUUAUGGAAUAGCCAUGCCAACGUUUUCUGCUAUAGCUUUGGAUAGGUUGUUAGAACCUGGAACUUCAGAAUCUGUUGACAAGUCUGGUCCUAAUAUGAAACCACCUUUGCCCAAGCCAAAGCUUAUAACCAAUUUGAAGCUAGAGAGUAGGAAAAGUGCAUCAGUAACUGAAAGGAAGGUUAAUCAUCCCCAAAUAUCAUUACCUGCCCUCUAUGCCACUCCUGAGACAACUCCACUACCCGAUUCACCAUCUUCGUUCUCUCCAUCACCUUACAUUAUUAAUCACAAACGCCGCGGGCCUCGCCUUUUGAAGAGCUUUUCUGAAAACAACGUAUCAACUCGGAAGAAAACCACUGAAGAAAGUGAGGUUAAUGGGAAGGCAGAGCUUAUAGAAACCAUGUCCGUUGAUCUAUCUAAGGAUGUUUCUAUUAGUUUUAGCAUUCAUAAACCUGAUGAAGAGGAGCAUGAGAAUGGUGUCAAUAAUGGUCCUAUUAAAGUAGAGCAGGCAAAUGGUUUCCAUGCUAGCUCCAUUCAAGAUAAUCACAUGAAUGGUGUCCAUUAUGGUGAAUUUGGGAGCAGUAAUAUAGCAGUUGGAAGCAGGCGAAUGAAUAAUGGUAUGGCCAGUGAUUUUGCUUCGCCAAAGCUUGUUUCAUUGAACUUGAACAGAGGUGAUGAAAGUGAAGAUUUCUUUGAUCCAAUGGAUUCCAUGAGCGCCACAACUAAUACCAAUGGAGAUGAUGAAAGUGCUGUUAGGCUUGGUACCUCAGGGGUUGAGUUUUUUGAUGCCUGGGAUGAAUUAUCCUCUGAGAGUGGUACACAGCCUAGCUAUCGUGAUACUGAAGCUGAAGUGCGAGAAAUAAGAUUGAGCUUAUUCAUGGAAAUAGAAAAGAGGAAGCAGGCAGAAGAGGCUCUAAACAAGCUGCGAUGUGUGUGGAAAAGAAUGAGCCAAGAGUUGGCUAUUGUGGGAUUGUUACUGCCUGCAGAUCCUAUUGAUGUGACAGAUGAUGAUCUGGUGAAACAGGCUGAAGAGAUGAGGCAGCAAGCAGAUAUUGCACGAUUUGUAUCAUUAUGUGUUGGAAGGGGCAUUGCAAGGGCAGAGUUGGAGACGGAAAUGGAAGCUAAAAUUGAGUCAAAGAACUUCGAAAUUGCGCGAUUAUGGGACAAACUACACUAUUAUGAGGCCGUAAAUCAGGAAAUGUCUCAGAGGAACCAAGAGGCUAUAGAGAUGGCACGGCGAGAGAGACAAAGGAGGAAAAGGAAGCAGAGAUGGGUUUGGGGUUCAAUUGCAACUGCAAUUACCCUUGGGACUGCAGCCUUGGCUUGGUCUUAUCUUCCAUCAGGUAAAGGAUCAUCUCCGGGUGAUGUUCCUCAAGCCUCGGAUCCUGCUGCUGAUGUGGCAAAUUGAUUAUUACCUUCAAUCACUAAAGCGCGAGAACCCAUCAUUGUGGCAAAGCGAAUGAGAUGUUUACGUUCAUUCCUGCGAAUAGCAGUCGAAACUGCCAUGAGCCAUCGGAGGAUGUGCAGUACCGUCAAUAAUAAAUCGAGUUGUUCCUUAGUAGGCUGUGAGUUGAUGAAUUAUCAAAAUUAUGUAUCGUUACUUGUUAACCAAUUUUGGCCUAGCGUGUGCGUAAUGCACGUAAAACCUUGUUGGAUUUGUUUUAAAUGUCUUGUAAUAGAUUCAGCCAGAGAUAUACUUCCAGUGCA